CAAAUUUUAUUCAUCUCGUCCUCGUGAAAAUUAAAAUUUUCCAAAAAAGUAAACUUCUGUGUCUUAUUUAAUAUAUUAUUAAAUUAAAAUAAUUUUUUAUAGAAAAACAUCAAUAAAAAAUGCAACCUCAAAUAGUAUUAUUAAAAGAAGGCACUGAUGUUUCUCAAGGAACUCCACAAUUAUUGUCUAAUAUUACAGCAUGUCAAGCUGUAGUUGAUGCUGUUCGCACAACUUUAGGUCCUCGUGGUAUGGACAAAUUAAUUGUUGAUGGUCAUGGUAAAGCCACUAUUUCAAAUGAUGGAGCAACUAUUCUAAAAUUAUUAGAUAUUGUUCAUCCUGCUGCAAAAACAUUAGUAGACAUUGCAAGAUCACAAGAUGCAGAAGUUGGAGAUGGUACAACUUCCGUAGUUUUAUUAGCUGGGGAAUUUUUGAAGCAAGUUAAACCAUUUAUUGAAGAAGGAGUUCAUCCAAGAAUUGUUAUUAAAGCAAUUCGAAAAUCAUUAACAUUGUGUAUACAAGAAAUUAAUCAACUUAAGAAAACAUCAAUUAAUCAGCUUAAUAAACUAGAUAAAGAUCCAAAUCAACGUAAUUUAUUGGAAAAAUGUGCAGCAACAGCUAUGAAUUCAAAAUUGAUUCAUCAACAAAAAGAUUUCUUUUCAAAAAUGGUUGUUGAGGCUGUUCUUUCAUUAGAUGAUUUACUACCACUUAAUAUGAUCGGUAUCAAAAAAGUAAGUGGUGGUGCAUUAGAAGAUUCAAUUCUUGUAUCGGGAGUAGCAUUCAAAAAAACAUUUUCUUAUGCUGGUUUUGAAAUGGCACCUAAAAGCUAUAAAAAUUGUAAAAUUGCUUUACUCAAUAUUGAAUUAGAAUUAAAAGCUGAAAGAGAUAAUGCAGAAAUUCGCGUUGAUAAUGUUAAAGAAUAUCAAAAAGUUGUUGAUGCCGAAUGGAAAAUUUUAUAUGAUAAAUUACAAAAAAUUCAUGAAUCUGGAGCAAAUGUUGUUUUAUCAAAAUUACCAAUUGGUGAUGUUGCUACACAAUAUUUUGCUGAUCGUAAUAUGUUUUGUGCUGGUCGGGUACCAGAAGAAGAUAUGAAACGUACAAUGAAAGCGUGUGGCGGUGCGGUAAUAACAACAGUACAUGGUAUUAAUGAAAGUGUCCUUGGAAAUAGUGAAAUAUUUGAAGAGAAACAAAUUGGUGGAGAACGUUUUAAUAUAUUCCAAGGUUGCCCAAAUGCUAGAACAUGUACAAUUGUUUUACGUGGUGGUGCCGAACAAUUUUUAGAAGAAACUGAACGUUCUCUUCAUGAUGCAAUUAUGAUUGUAAGAAGAACUAUUAAAAAUGAUGCAGUUGUUGCUGGUGGUGGUGCUAUUGAAAUGGAAUUAUCAAAAAUGUUACGUGACUAUUCUCGUACAAUUGCUGGUAAAGAACAACUUUUAAUAGGUGCUAUUGCAAAAGCCCUAGAAGUUAUACCAAGACAAUUGUGUGAUAAUGCUGGUUUUGAUGCUACAAAUAUUUUGAACAAAUUAAGACAAAAACAUGCUCAAGGCGAACGCUGGUAUGGUGUUGAUAUUAUGAAAGAGAAUAUUUCAGAUAAUUUUAAAGCAUGUGUUUGGGAACCAGCUGUUAUUAAAAUAAAUGCAUUAACAGCAGCAUGUGAAGCUGCAUGUAUGAUUUUAUCAGUUGAUGAAACAAUUAAAAGUCCAAAAUCACAAGCUGAUGGACCACCAGGUGGUGCAAUGGGCAGAGGAAUGGGAAGACCACGUUAAAAUAAAAGAAAUAAUACUUAAAAAAAACAACAACAAGAACAUUUUUAUAUAAAAUUAAAAAUUUAUUAUUUUUGGAAAAAAAAAUUUCUUGUAAAAGUUUGCAUUUUCUUUUUUUGUUUGUGUAAGAAAAAAUUAUUUUGGAAUUUUGGAAGUCAUUCUAAAUUUUGUUUUUUUUUUUUUAAAAAAAAGAAAAUUCCAAUUUAAUUUUUAAAAUUUCGUCUACAAUAAUUCAAACUAUUUAAUAACAAAAAAGAAAUUUUUCUUAACAAUAUUAAAAUUAGAAUUAUUUUAAAUAAGUUUUUCUCUACUUUAGUCUUUUUCACUUUAAUUAAUAAUUGAAUUCACAUAAUCUUACGGAACCGCUUUUCAUCAAUUAAUUGUCAUAAAA